CUUGUGAAAUACUUUUGUUUGAAAAUAUUUUAAAAAUUUAAAGUACACUAAAAGUCUACUAAAUCUGUUCACUUUUACCCCAGUAUAUUGCGUUAAAAAAAAUAGAACGCAAGCGUUGUGUAAGUGCCCACUACUCUCGCAACAGUUUAACAACUUCCGCAGGCUGCUGAAGUCGGAACAACGAAAUUUCACUUUUCCUUUUGAUAUGUGACAUUUAUGGCCAAGGCAGUUUUAAGCCAAAGCUGCAGUUUUACCUCCACAGAUAACGCCAAAAGUGUGUGAAAGUUGGCAGAGAGUUUGUCAUGCAAUUAGAGCAACAUGCGACGACAUGGACGACGACGAAGACAGCUCUGGGAAACUCAUGCUCCGGUUGGGAAUGCGUUUUCCGCUUGCCCCGACCCAGGCUCAGCUGGAAAAUCAAGUUUUCCCAUCUCGCCGCUGGAGUGGAGUGUCCAUGGCCAGGAAAUAAAGCAGCAAACUGGCGGCCAAAAGUGGUUUUCACCAAUUGAACUCGUUUGCCGUUGCUGUUUGCAGUAUCUGUUGCUGGCGGUUCGCUUCUGAUGCAAGCAAAUCGAACGAUUUCGAACGAAAUCGAAAUCAAAAUCACUUUCGGAAUGUGCGUUGCCUUGGAGCCAUUGAACCAAGCUCAUCAGGAGCCAUUGGCCAUCGUCAUCGCCAUCGCCAUCAUCGUCAUUGCGGCAGUUAUAUAAGUUUCGAUGGGAAACCCGUCCAGGGAUUCGGUGCACUGCGACGUUUAUUUGUUUGUUUUCUAUUUCAACAGCGCAAAUAGAAAUAUGCGUAAGUGGGGGAAACAUUGUUGCGGCGAAAGUUUUCCCUCCAUCGGCUGACCACGAGCGUAUAUGAUGGCUCUUGGCCAUAAACGUUCCUCUUGCUGCCAUAAAACUGGAGCGAUUGAGGCGGUGGAAGUGGGAGUGGAAGUGGGAGUGGAAGUGGGAGUGGAAGGAUGUGGCGCAAAGGAAGUAAAUAAUGCGGUGAAAUGAAAUUGGCGAAAUGGGAAAUGGAAUAUUGCGGACACAAGUGGAGCUUGAACAAGAGAUGGAAAUUCAAUUUACCGGAGAACUCCUUGGGCAGUCAGGAAAUUCAAAACAAGAACUUCCUUUCUGCACUUUCUGCAUACAAAAACAAAAACACAUUUAAUGAAAACUCGUUUAAUCUUUAUAUUUUAUCCCAUUUAAACAAAUCUUCAAAUAAAUAUACGUGCAUAAUCUAAUAAGCCGCGAACAUAAGUCCGCCCAUAAAUAUUCUGGCCGUCAUUUUUCUGUCACAUCAAAUUAAUGCAUUAAUUGCUGAGCACAGGCUAAAAUGUGAAAUAUGUUCCCGAAAUAUAUGCAGUGGGAUUUUCGCGAAAGAUUUCGACGCGGAAUAAAAGUGCACACAAAAUUUCGCUGUGCGCUGUUUAAGUGUCGUAAACAAAUUCGAAAUCUAAUUCUAAUUGGGCUGCAAAAAUACGCCACAUUAAAAAAAUAAUAAUUUUUAUACAGCACACACUUUAAAACAUUAUUGCUAAACUUAAUUCUGUGAUAAGCAAAUAAGAGUUCCAAGUUAACUUGUUACAUUUGUUUGAAUCUAAUUAAUCCCCAUUUAAUGUAUAUUUUUCUUACUGUGCAUAGAAAACCACGCAUAGAUCGAUUUAAGUGUCUGAAUAUUUUCCAAGCGCCUGAAAUAAACAAAUGCCCAAAUAAACAAGCAUUCAGUGGGACAAACGACGGACUUUCCGAUGAAGAGACCCCCCACUGCCCGCCAACUCUUGCAUAAUUUGCAAAUUUUAUUUUCCCACACAGCAUCCGUAUUGAACAAUUUCAUUGAAAACAGGCGCACGCAGAAACUAUCAACAACUGAGCGUCAUAUAUAAAGCUCUGGGAAAUUGUAAACAGUGCAAACUGCUAAGCAAAAAGAGCUUCGCACUCCAUGUGGUUGAGUGGAAAUUUGAUUUUGGCGUCUCAUUUAUGAGGUAGAUGCGAAACAAAAUUCAACACAGUGCAGGCACAGAAUCUGUUUCCAUUAAUUGCUUUUAUUUCACAUUGAAUUUCUCGCGUGCUUCUGCUCUAUUUGUUUGCCUUUGGUGUUGUUAAUGAAUAACCAUUUCGGCCAACUUUCCAAGUGCGAUGCAAGGUCAAUGCCAGCACAAAUAUGCGAAUAAGAGAUAUUAAAAUUGUGCAUAUUUAGCUGGAGAUUGGUAGGAAUGAAUAAAUUUUACUGGUCUUAUAUAACAUGUGGGACUGCGAUAACGAUUGAUUUUCGAUUAGCAGCACUUCAAAUCUGAUUAUUCGGAUGAUUAGCAGCAAAUUAUAUUUUUUCCAAUUUGAAUAACGUAUUUCUAGUCCGUUUUUUAAGGAGAAAACAAUUAGUUUAAUAAAAUGAAUCACAGGUCUCUAUUGUUGUUCAUUUUGCUUUUUGGCGUUGCCAUUGCAAAAAAGUCUCACCGAACUGAAAUGUGUCAUCCGCAAUUAACCAGACAAGAUCUAUUCGAUUUGGCCGUAACUUCCGGCGUCAAGGUGCUGAUCCGGCAGGUGGAGGGGUUUAAUGGAGAACUGCCGCUCUCUUCGAGUCUUAUGGUUCAUAUAACCACAGUGGCCUCCAAAUAUAUCCUGUCCGGGAAGAGCAUUAGUUUCAUUCUCAGGAUGCUAUAUGUGGCGUGCAGGCUGAACAAACCGUUGCCAAAGGAAAAAAAGGUACGAGCUCCAGUCGAAACCGCAUUCUUAUGCUUGUUUGAGAUGGGAGUCGAAAAGUGCUAUUCAUAUAAGGACAAGGAGGAAGGCGACUUUUCGAUAGAGACUCAAUGAAUCACGGAUUCUAUAUUUUCGUUACCCAUUUCAUCACCACAAUUUGUUUACCGAAUCGUCCAUUAUGUGUAGAUAAGAAUAAUGUUAUAUCUGAAUAAUUUUCAAAUGUAAAAGUAAACUUUGAUUUCCAGUGGUAAUACUAAUACUAAAAUAAUACAAUUUAAAGUGGAACAGUUUAGUUGUGGAUGAAAAAAUCCUACAGACUACAAACUAGACUUUUACUAAAUUGCGAUCAUUUCCCUACCAAAUAAAAUCAAAUAUAUCAA